GUUCCCGUUUUCCAGGUAUAAGUGUGAGGGGAGAAUAAAAACAACGCAAAUUUUUUACUUGAAGAAUAAAUAAAAACAAACACGGGUUGCAUUUGCUGGUUAACACUCUGUAACUCUUUUACUGUUAUCAAUGAGCUAGCUAUUCAUCAAAUAAAUACACAAACUAAGAUAUAUUAUAAUGUAGCAGCUGUUGUUGCAAUUGGUUUUUGGAGUAACACAAAAUUUGCUGGUGCUGCUGCUAGCGAGCGCCCGUUGCUGCAGGGAGCUGCAGCCACCGUCGCCGCGAUCAACAACUAACUGCAGCGGCAUCAACACACACACAUAAAUAUAUACACAUAUAUAUAUACAUCGAGCGCCUCGUAGAACUCAUUGUUCUGUGACUGUGACAUCGUUUAUACAGCCGCCUUCUUACCCGUUACCCGUUGCCCGUGGCCCGGCUCUUUAGCCAGCUAUAGCUGUAUCUAAAAAUGGAGUGGACCAGAGAGAAGACAUUGGUGCUGAUCAGCGAGUACCGACAGCGACGCGGACUGUGGGACAUGACAUGCGACGAGUAUCGCAAGAAGGAUGUCAAACAGCGUCUAUUAAAUGAAGUUAGUGACGUUCUCGGCGGUAAUAUACCCAUACCGGAGCUGGAGAAAAAGUUUCAUACACUGCGCACGCAAUAUCACCGAGAAAUAAAUCGCAUGAAACGCAAGGAACCGUAUAAUUCAAAGUGGUUUGGCUUUAAGAAUCUCGUCUUUCUUAGCUCUCCAUUUGCGUGUCGCUCCACAAAAGGUCGCUCCAAAGACAAAGAAGACGCAACAGUACAAAAAUAUAUAUUGGGCGAAGUGAACGCUGCUGGCGCCGCGGAAGGUAACAAUAUGAACGAGGAGUAUAUAAUAACGCCGCGAAAAUCACACGCGAGCAGUCGAGCACAGGAGCUGGAGAAGUUGAUCGAAGAGACGACCAAAGAUAUAGAGGAUACUGAAGACGAAGAGCCCGGUGUGGAGGAGGAUGUUGAUACGAAACCCAAGCUUAACAAAGAGCUUAGUGGCACGUAUGUGCACAUCAAUGAAGACGAGAGCGAGGCAGUUGAGACGCACACACACCAGCAGCAACAGCAUACCCAUUCCCUUCCCCAUACACAUCCACAUCCACAUCCGCAUCACCAUCAACAACAGUCCUUGAUGGAGUUGCAUCACUCUGCAAAUGCUGUGGAAUCGGUUAGUUUUCAGGCUAACGAAAGUGGCGAGCUACACUACCAAUCGACAUCGUCGACAGCGAAUGCCAGUGGCGGAGGCACAAGCUCCUCGGUGCAAUUGAUGCCCACGCGUAUCAUUAAGAUACAACGGCGCGAUACGUCUAAUCAGGAGAAUGGCUAUUUCGAGGAGCAGCAGGCACAGCAUCAGCUCCACCCGCCGCCGCCACCCAAACGGCUCUAUUUCGAUCCCAAUGGCACGCACAGCACCACAAUUCUCUCCGCAUCCACGCUGCAAACGGCAUCCCAGAACGUCAAUGGCAGUGGCAAUGGUAGCAAUGUGUUGACCACAACCUCCAGUUCCGGGCUAACGGGUGGCACACUGCGUCUGCCACGUGUCAAUGCCAUAGUGAAUGCCACUUCGCUGUCACCCCCAAAGCCAGCCAGCUCACCAAUACCUCCGCCGCAAUUAGCUGCGGCUAAUUCCCUGCAACGGGAUGAAUUCGCCACGUACGGCGAAUAUGUGGCCAAUGAGAUGCGUGCCAUUAGCAACAGGGAGGUCUUAAUCGCACUCAAGCACAAAAUAAAUACAGCCAUAUUUGAGGCGAAUAUGGCAGAGUUACAAAAAUAAAAUUGUCAGCCAUUUUUGAGGCGAAUAUGGCGGAAGUCGCUGUUAAAUGAAAUCGACGGCCAUAUUUGAGGCGAAAUUGCAGAAAUACAAUUGACGGCCAUAUUUAAGAUGAAUAUGGCGGAGUUGCAGAGCAGAAAUGAAAUAAAAUUGAACUCUCAAUUAUCAUAUGGAAAUAUUAUCAACGUUUUUAGCAACAAUUUAAAUUAAGUGUCCAACCCCAGUAAAUACAAUUGUAAAGCUUAUGUGUUAACCUGUAAAUUGACAUAAUUUCA